CGUGUUUCGUUUCCCAUUCUCUAUCAUCCCCGAGAGAGAGAAAAAUAAUCAAAAUACGGUAUUUGGUCUAAAUAGUUCGAUUUUACCUUUAUAUUUGAACUUUCAUCAGUAUGUCAGACAUGACAACUGUGUAGGAUCAGGUAACACACAAAUUAAAAGAGUUUAGAAUGACAAUGACAGGGCCACACUUCUCAAGGUUGUUAUCAAGAUUAUAUGGUUAUAAAUGCCUUAAACAGACACCAUGGAAACAGAAGACCUGUUACUUCUCAAAUAGUGUGAUUCAUGUUCAAGAUGAAGUGAAAGAAGCAUUGCAUUCUGGGAAGCCAGUAGUAGCAUUGGAAAGUACAAUAAUAACACAUGGUAUGCCAUAUCCUCAUAAUCUAAGCACAGCACAAUCAGUAGAAAGUCUAGUGAGAGACCAGGGCGUAAUUCCUGCUACAAUAGCUGUGAUUAAUGGUAAAGUGAAAGUAGGUCUUUCAAAAGAAGAACUAGAAAUACUUUCCAAGAAAGAUAAACCAUGUAUAAAAGCCUCAAGAAGGGAUCUGUCCUAUAUCAUAUCUCAGGGUAUGAAUGGUGGAACAACUGUCUCAGGGACAAUGAGCAUUGCCAAUCAAGUUGGUAUACCUAUAUUUGUUACUGGAGGGAUAGGAGGAGUACAUAGAGGGGCAGAGACAUCAAUGGAUAUUAGUGCUGAUUUAACAGAACUUGGUAGAACUCCUGUGACAGUUAUAUCAGCUGGUGUUAAAUCUAUACUGGACAUUGGUAGAACACUGGAAUAUCUGGAAACAAAAGGAGUUUGUGUGGCCAGUUAUGGAACCAGUAGAGAUUUCCCAGCAUUCUUUGUACCAACAAGUGGGUACCAAUCACCAUAUAAUGUACAAGAUGCUACAAAAGCAGCACAACUUAUUGAUGCUCAACUAAGUUUAGGUUUACAAAGUGGAAUACUGAUAGCAGUACCUAUACCUCAGGAAUCAUCAGCUGAUGGAGAGGUAAUAGAGGAGGCUAUACAGCAAGCACUCAAUGAGGCUAAGAAGCAGAAUAUUAUUGGAAAGGAAGUAACACCAUUUGUGUUACAGAGAGUAAAUGAGAUGACACAAGGAUCAUCUUUGACAGCCAAUAUUGCAUUGGUGAAAAAUAAUGCCAUAGUAGGGUGUCAGAUAGCAAGGAAACUAAGUGAUAUAAGAAACUACAAACCAGUUGAUAUAUCUACCUCCAGACACAGACCUCAGUCAAAUGAGACAGGCGACAGCAGGAUUGUUGUCAUUGGAGGAUCUAUAGUUGACUUUUAUGCAAAAAUGUCAUCACAGAAUAUACAGAUGAAUGGAGCUACUUAUCCUGGGAAUGUGAGACAAUCGUUUGGAGGGGUUGGCAGGAACUUAGCUGACUGUCUCAGUAGAUUAGAUACCAAUCCUCUGUUUAUAUCAGCCACUGGUAAUGAUGCCAACAGAACAGUAUUUGAUGAUUAUUGUAAACACAUGGAUCUAUCAGGAGUGACCUCUCUUGACAAGUUCAACACUGCCACUUACUGUGCUGUUUUAAGUAGCAAUGGUGAACUGAUGUUUGGAAUAGGAGAUAUGAAUGUCCACAAACAAAUUACUCCUGAAUAUAUUAGUGGUUUUGAGAAGAACUUAGCCUUAGCACCAAUGGUUGUAUUAGAUGGAAAUAUAUCAACUGAUUCAAUAGAAUAUGUUUGUCAAGUUUGUCAUAAGAACCAUGUUCCUGUUUGGUAUGAACCUACAGAUGUUAACAAAGCACAUAAACCCUUUUUGACAUCAGCAGGGCAAAGGUUAACCUACAUUUCGCCAAAUUUGAAUGAGUUAAGAGUUAUAUACAGACAUUUAACUAACACACUGGAUUCGCAAAUAGGUCAUAAAGAUGCAGAUGUAGUGACUUUAGAAGGAAUUAUAGAUGAAGCUAUUUGGCUGACAAAGGUCAUCAUUGAGGAAGUACCAAUUGUCUUAGUGACACUAGGAAGACAUGGAGUUAUGUUGUGUCAGAGGAGUCAGCAUCAGAAGUUUCCUGUCAAAGGAUACAGACUUGAGCAUUCUGACAAGAUGACAGCAGACAUUUUCCCAGCAUUUAAUGCAGGAUAUCCUCCAGAGAAUAUUGUCAGUGUAUCUGGAGCAGGAGAUUGUUUAGCAGCAACAAUGAUCAGUGGAAUAGUUCAUGGUCAUGAUCCCGACCUCUGUGUCAAGGCCGGAUUAAUGGCAGCUCAGAUGUCCUUGAAAUCUUACCAAGCAGUUCCUCCAAAUAUAAGUCAGAAAAAAUUAAACUUGGACAGAGUGAAAAUUUGGGCACCAUGGCAACCUCAGAGGGUGAAACAUGUGUAACAAAGAAUUCUAAUUUGACCAGUAGAAUGGAUAUUAAUAAUUGUCUGAUUGACAGAGGAAUAUGGAGGCAAAUACUCCUGCUAGAAUAUAUUUCUUUAAAUUUUGUAGGACAAUCAGUUAAACAUAUUUAGUAAAACAUGCUAGCCUUAGUAAUAUAUUCUGUCAUUUUUUUGUAUUUACUAGCUAUAUAUAGAGUAUGAUAAAUUCUCCAAUUUGUUUUUUAAUUUUUGUCAAAGGAAAGGCUCGGUAAUUUACAGCUCCAAGGGGGGAUUCAAAAAGUUUGGGGUUCUAAUUUUUGUCGAGCCUGCAACUUUUGUUGCAGAAAGCUCGACAUAGGGAUAGUGAUCCGGCGGCGGCUACGGCGGCGGUGUUAGCUCACUUCUUAAAAGCUUUAUAUUUUAGAAGGUAGAAGACCUAGAUGCUUCAUACUUUGUAUAUACUUUCCGUCAGUCACAUGUCCAAUGUCCUUGACCUCAUUUUCAUGGUUCAGUGACUACUUGAAAAAAAAGUUAAGAUUUUUUGUAAUGUUAAAUUCUCUCUUAUUAUAAGUAAUUGGAUAACUAUAUUUGGUAUGUGUUUACCUUGCAAGGUCCUUAUGCCUGUCAGACAGUUUUCACUUGACCUCGACCUCAUUUCAUGGAUCAGUGAACAAGGUUAAGUUUUCGUGGUCAAGUCCAUAUCUCAGAUACUAUAAGCAAUAGGUCUAGUAUAUUCAGUGUAUGGAAGGACUGUAAGGUGUACAUGUCCAACUGGCAGGUGUCAUCUGACCUUGACCUCAUUUUCAUGGUUCAGUGGUUAUAGUUAAUUUUUGUGUUUUGGUCUGUUUUUCUUAUACUAUAUGCAAUAGGUUUACUAUAAUUGGUGUAUGGAAUGAUUGUAAGGUGUACAUGUCUAGCUGACAGGUGUCAUCUGACCUUGACCUCAUUUUCAUGGUUCAAUGGUCAAAGUAAAUAAGUUUUUUAGUUUUGGUCUAUUUAUCUAAUACUUUAUGCAUUAGGUCAACUAUAUUUGGUGUAUGGAAAUAUUUUAUGAUCUAUAUGUCGGUUACGCAGGUUUUAUUUGACCUUGACCUCAUUUUCACGCUCCAUAUUGCUAAGUUUUAAGUGUUUGUGUUUUGGUCAGUUUUUCUUUAUUUAUAAGCAAUAAGUCAACUAUAUUUGUUGUAUUGAAGAAUUGUUAGCUGUACCUGUCUGCCUAGCAUCUGACCUUGACCUCAUUUUUAUGGUUCAUUGAUCAAUGCUUCAUUUUCAUGGUUAAUGUUGAGUUUAUAUGACAGUUGAAAUAAAGCUUUAUAUUUAGGUCUAUCAAGAUAGUAUCAAGGAUUAGUUUAGAAGGCGAGACAUUUCAGUGUGUGCACUCUUGUUUUAAUGGGUCCAAAUUUAUUUUUCAAAAUUUUGAAAAGUUUCAAGAAGAAAUCUUUUAAUUGCACUGUAUUCAUAUAUAUUUGUAAGAUCUUGACAUUUAUUUUGUGUUUAAAACCUAUACUAUGUUCAAAAUUUGAUCACAAUCCAAAUUCAGACAGUAUCAAGCUUGAUGAUUGUGUCCAAAUUUGCCCCCAACUGUUCACAGUUCAACAUCUGCUAUCGUGACUGGCUGCGCUCAGCGAAGCAUUUUAUUUAUUCUUUAAAAAAAAAUCGACCUCACAAAAUUAAAUUUACCCUUGCCAUUUACAGAUUCUCAUGUGAAAAAAUUGCAUGGAUUGUUUAUUGUCAAACUCAACUGAAUUUAUGGGAGAAAUAAAACAAUUUUCAGCAUUAAAAGUAUUAAGGUCUAAUAUACAAUCAUAACAAGCAUCCUAGGUUAAUUGAUAAGAGCAGGUAUGCUCUAGUUGGCAAUUUGUCAUUUUCAACCCAUGAAAUAGAAAAGGUGUGCUGGUCAAAUUUCUAUUGCUCAGGAUUUUAUAAUGUUUACAUAUUUAUAACUUAAUUUUUCAAUAUUAGUCAGAGGGUUCAAGAUUUUAUAUAUCAUUUAUAUGUUAAUAAUAAUUAGAUUUUCAGUAUGAAAUAACAUGUUGUGUAUAUUCUCUUUGGGCGAAGAAAUUUAGUGAUAAUAUCUAUGUUGUGAAUAUUAUGACGUGUUUCUAAUGUUAACAAUUAAAAGGCAAUAAUGCAUACCUGCCAACUUUCCCGAUUGAGGUGUGUCCUACACGAUUUUGACCCUUUGUCAUGAUUGCACGAUCGUGAUCAUGAAAAACCCUCUAAAACACGAUUUUGUUAAGCCAAUCAAAUUCUAUAUUUCUCAUGAUCAAAUUAAUCAAUCAAAUAAAAACGUUUUCUCUCAACAUUAUUCUUACAUCCUAAAUUUUAAACUUGUGUUGUAUUCCUCUGUUUGUUAAAAUUGUGAACAUGGCAAAUCAUUUUUCACCUGCAAGAAGGUUCUUACACAGAAUAAGAAUAAAAUUGGAAAAGUCAACAAUUAUUUAAUAUCCUUACACAUAAAGUUAAUUCCUGGUCUUGCAGCUACAUGUUCAUCUUUUGCAUUGAUAUAUAAUAACUAGAAUAAUGCAAAUAAACUUAAGAAAGUUUACAAAUAUGACACAUUUUCUAGCUCACAAAACAGCACGCGCAAAAUAGUCGUCGAAUUUGAAUUGGGGAGAGAUCCGUUUGCGCCAAAAAUGCGUCCUUUUGCGCCACAACUUUUUUCUCCAAAGCUCUGUUUGCGCCACCUGUUUUAAAAUUACAUGGUAUCAUUUGCGCCAAAAAUUAAAUAUACGAUUGCGCCAAUUUAAAGAAAAAUGACUUCCCUCCACCUUAUCCUGGGAAAAACUCUUUAACGACAACAUGCAUUCUCUCCUCAAAAUCUACAUACAUAGAUGUAAAAUUCAUUUGAAGAUUAAACCUGUCACAACAUUCCUUAAGCCUGUUUGUUUAUAUAAAAUUGAGAAUGGAAAUGGGUAAUGUGUCAAAGAGACAACAACCCGACCGAAGAAAAAAACAACAGCAGCAGGUCACCAACAGGUCUUCCAUGUAGCGAGAAUUUCCGGCACCUGGAGGCGUCCUUCAGCUGGCCCCUAAACAAAUAUAUGCUAGUUCAGUGAUAAUAAACGCCAUACUAAUUUCCAAAUUGUACACAAGAAACCAAAAUUAAUAAUUAUAUGUAUGCAUACCUUUAGUUUAAUUGUAAUCCUAUUAUAUAUACUCACCUUUCACCAACAAGAGUAACAAUUAUUUAGCGAAUAAAAAUAUAUUAGACAAAUAUGAUACCGUAAAUAUAUAUAUAAAUCUUUAAUAUGUACAAUCAAUAUGCGUUCAGGUAAAUUGGCGCAAAUGAAUUCCGAAAACUGGCGCAAAUGAUACCCCUGAAAAACAGUAAUUGGCGCAAAAGGAGUGCUGCCAUGAAUUGUAACCUUUGAAAUUGUUGUCAUGCACUAAAACCCCCAUGGGCACUUCCAAAGUUGGCAGGUAUGAUAAUGGCAUUUAAUAGGUUGGUUUAUGUUUUGCAAAUGUUUUUCUAAUCAGUAUAAUAAUUGUUUACUGAUGUAGGUCAAACCUAUGUAAUUGUUUAGAUUUUUAUAAAAUAUUUUAAAUAAAUUUUUGAAUAGACAUGUUAUACCUGUAAUUUCUUAAUUAGGUUUCUCAUUGUUGCUCUUAUACAAUGCCACAUCAUUUAAUUUGUUCCGGUUUCCUAAAAGAGUUAUUUAACUACUAAUGGAAUCAGCCUCACUUGUUAAAAGUGACACCUAGGUAUAGCUAUAUAAUAUUUUCAUUUUACUAAUUAUGUUAAUGUAUGUUAUUUCCAAGGUUAUCAAGAAAAUCUCAAGUCCACUAUAAAGUCAUUUGCAUCAAUAAUCCUAAAGUUUUAAAAAAUAUCUCCUUGUGAAACUAGUAGACCAAUUUUAACUUUUUCUGAACUGAAUCAUCAAGAGAAUCAACCUGGCAGAAAUUGUAUAUCAACUCUAGUCCAAUGUUUCAAUAGCAUUCAUGACUAUUUUUAUGCCCCACAUGGGCAUUAUGUUUUCUGGUCUGUACCUCCGUUCAUCCAUCGGUUCGUUGGUUAGUCGGUCUGUUUGUCCAAUUGCAGGUUAAAGUUUUUGGUUGAGGUAGUUUUUGAUGAAGUAGAAGGCCAACCAACUUGAAACUUAGUGUACAUAUGCUCCCUACGAUAUGAUCUUUCUAAUUUAAUGUCAUAUUAGAGUUUUUACCCCAUUUUCAUGGUCCACUGAAUCUAGAAAAUUAUUAUUACUGGUUUCAAAUAGCUUUUUUUAGUAAUAGUUUUUUUUUUUAGUAAUAGUUUUUUGUCUGUUUUUGGCAUUUAUCUAAAAAUUUAGAAUAUAUGGAGAGAAACUUAAACAACAAAAAUGACCAGCAACAUUGAAGUUAGUUACAUAACCAAGUUGUCUAUCAACUUUUUUUAUGCCUCACCUACGAUAGUAGAGGGGCAUUAUAAUUAUGUUUUAUGGUCUGUGCCUCCGGUCAUUCGUCUGUUCAUUUAUCCUGCUUCAGAUUAAGGUUUUUGGUCAAGGUAGUUUUUGAUGAAGUUGAAGUCCAAUCAACUUGGAACUUAGUAAACAUGUACCCUAUAUGAUUUUUUUACUUUUAAAGCCAAAUAAAAGUUUUUACCCCAAUUUCAUGGGUCAUUAGAAACAAAGAAAAAGAUAGUGUACUUGGGACACACUCUUGUUUGGGUAAUUAUUACACUUUUAUGACAAUUUUUGUGUUAUUUGCAUUUUUUUUUGGAAGUAUAAUAGUUAAAAGAACUAAUGUAACCUAUAAAAAUAAUCUGCAAAUAAAAUUCUAUGACAACAUAAUCGACUUUAAAACUAUUGCAUAUUUGUUAAAGCUUAUGAUAAGUUCUUACAGGGGAAUUGCAAUUGGUAGGUCAAUGAUAUUAAGAAGACAGUUGUAUUAGAAUUUACACAUAUCAUUUUAUUGAAGAUUAUUUAGAAAAAGCUGCCUCAGUCAUGGAUCAUUGACUCUAAAAGUUUUACAUAUAGUUAAUAUGUAUUUUGUUAAAGUGAUUUUGAUUUUAAUUAUAUUUUUUUAAGUAUAUGAUAUAAGAUGAUUUAUCAAUAACUAUGUAUAACAGAUUUAUAACAUUAUUUUA